AUGAGGGUAGUUGUGUCAUUUAAUGUACCGCUGAGCAUUUCCCCCCAAUUUAAAGAACCCCAAAUCAAGCUUCCAGUUAUUGAUUUAUCUUCAAAAAGUUUAGACUUGAAUUUAAGUUCUUGGGUUACAAAGUGCGAAGAAGUUAGACACGCACUUGAAGAAUACAGAUGUUUCAUAGCCGUGUAUGAUGGAGUAUCUCGUGAACUUCGCGAUGCAAUUUUCCUUGCAUCGCAAGAAUUAUUCAAUCUUCCUACGGAAGUGAAAGCUUUAAACAUUCUAGAUACACCAUAUAGUGGUUAUAGUGGGCAACAAGCCAUGCUUCCUCUUUAUGAAAGCUUAGGCAUUGAAGAUGUAACUACUACAGAAGUAGCUGAAAGCUUCACAAAACUCAUGUGGCCCUCUGGAAAUCAAAGCUUCUGUGAAAGUGUGUUGAUGUAUUCAAAGGCUGUAGCAGAACUUGAUCAGCUAGUGAUGAAAAUGGUAGCAAAAAGUUAUGGAAUAGAGGAACAUUAUGAAUCGAUUUGGGGGAAAUGUUUGGUAGUUCUUGAUGAUAAUCGAUUUGGGGGAAAUGUGAAGAAUUAG